CGCCUUUCUCGUCUCUCCGCCUGCACCGCUUCUCCGAUCCCUGAAGCUCGUCCCUCAUCGCCGGUAGCCGGUCGCCGGUCGUCGGUCCAAGCAAGGCGUAGGCGAGCCUAUCGUCGGCUGACUGUGGUUCCAUUGAGUGGCUGACGGCGAUUCCAUCACCGGCCCAGCCCGGCCAGCCUCCACUAAGCCCCUUUCUAUAGGGCUCUGAACCCUACCUCCACCGCCAGCACCGUCGCCAUCACCACCUUCUUCAGCGGCACAGGUGGCAGCAUCACCUUCUUCUUGCCACCGCCGGACUUUUUGGUCCGCCGCUGCUUCGCUUUCUUCCCGGUGCCGCUCCGCUUUCCCACUGUGAGCUGGGCUAGUGUUUCUUGGCCAAUGUCGGCCGAGAAGCCUCCCAUGGAGCUUGUCAAGGCCGGCUUUCGAGACGUCAGAGCUACUUCUUACGAGCAACUGGAGCAACUUAGGAGGCGCCCAUAUGCGCUAACUGGAGAAGUGAAUUUCAUUCAGGAAGAGGAUACUCGAUUGGAAACUACACGUGCAAGAUUGGCAAACGUUCUUAGAAGGCAUGAGGUGUUAAAGGAGCGUCUUUCAAGGGACUCUGAUAAGAUGAUUUUUGAGCGUUUGCAAAGAGAAUUUGAAGCUGCACAAGCUGCAAAAACUGAAGAGAUAUCUUUGGAUGGUGAGCAAUGGAAUGAAGGAUUACUAGCGACUAUCCGUGAGAGGGUUCACAUGGAAGCUGAUAGAAAGGCAAUGUCAAGCCAAGCAAGCAUUCCUCCUGAUACCCACUUUCAUGCAAAAACUACUUACAGAAUAAAAAAUAAGCAGGUAAUCUGUUGUCUGGAGGGUGCAAGAAUUGGCAUACAGUAUGAGACAUCUUUUGCUGGAGAACCUUGUGAGAUUUACCAUUGCGUGCUUGAAAGUAAAUCAUUUCUUGAAAAAAUGACUGUAAUUGAACAUACAGUUCCUUUCUUUCUUCCAAUACGUGAAGCAGAAAAUGACCUUCUGUCUUCUAGUGCAAUUAAAUUUAUCGACCAUGUUGGAGAACUUCUGCAAUCUUAUGUGGACAGGAGAGAGCAGGUUCGCCUUAUCAAGGAACUGUAUGGAAACCAAAUUGGGGAGCUAUUCCAUAGUCUUGCUUACAAUUUGAUUGAAUUUGUAUUGGAAGACUUUGAUUGCAAGGUGACUGUCAGUCUAAGAUAUGCAGAUCUUGUUUCAGUAUUGCCAAGUCGAAUAAGGGUUCUGGCAUGGCCUGUCCAUCCUUCAAAAAAAAUUCUUGUGGGAGAUAGGAAAGGAAGUGGAGCAGUACUAGCUCAAUCUAUUCCAUCUCGUCUUUCGUAUGCUGAGGAUGCAUUAAGAACUAUGAGCCUGCCAGAAGCAUAUGCUGAGAUUGUGUUGAACCUGCCUCGAGUUCUGCAACAAAUGUUCCCGCAUCUGGGAGGUGCAUAAAGUCAUUCAAGCACAUUCCAGAAAUGACCACUGAAAUGGAGCUUCAAGCUUGCCGAUCUUUUCUGAGAUAUGAUUCUUAUUCUUGAUGGCCAAUGUCAUUGAUAUAAUUCGAGGCAUGCAUUGUCAAGUAACAUGCAUUAGCCCAUUCCAUUGGAACUUGGAUGUGCCGAUCAUGGAGGAGACUACAAAGUUGUUUUUUCCCCCUCUUCAUUUGUUGGUCACUGACUCGCACAUGUACUUGCCAAGAAACCAAGAUAUUGUUGGAUGGCAACAUGCUUCAAAGUUCUAGUGAAAAUCAUUGUUGAUCCAAAUUUAAUGAACAUUCUGGCGCCCCCAUAACCCAGCCUGGUUGGGUUCCAUGUUGAUGAUUUUCACCUUCAGAGAUGCUCCCAUCGCAAAGGAUAUGCAUGUAGUUGCUUAUCUGAUUUCUUGUUUUGUUGUGUUGUGAUAGAGAAUGGCAGUAAUUUUGCCAUCCAGCUUUAAACGUAAUUCCAUCGCAUGGUUCAGAUGCCUAAUAUUAUCCAGGAUUUUAGAAAGUUUGAUCAUAUGUAAUCUUUUAACCUAACUAAUUGAAUUUGUUUGAGCGAUUAUGCAGGAAUUUCCUAUAUGUCUUCAUCUGCACUGAAUGUUUGGUUGUACGUAAUCCAAACUAAACUAACUCAUGGAAUUAGUUUGAUUU